GAUGAAGCAGGAUCGUGUCCAGGGUUUUAGACAUUUCCAGCAGCCUUUGGGCCUGAGAAAACAAUCGGCUGAACUCUCCUUCUCCCAACCAGCCUGGCAAUUAGCCCAGGGGAAUUUAUCCACUGAACAGUUCAGCUGCAAAGGGCCACGCAGACAAUAACACUAUUUCACUCCAGUGUCUUUUUAAAUGGUCCUGUUCCUGUUUUGCUCUUUGACUUAACGCUCUGGCGAUAGACAAGCCUUGUUUGCUGCCAUCCCAGGCCCUGAGCAACCCUCUCCCCUUCUCCCGCUACCAGUGCGGCUGCAUUUCCCAGCUGGGUUCAUUGACAGACCUUCCUGAGCAGCCUUAUGGUUCACCCCUGGGGCAGGUCAGGCUGGGGGGUAAUUAACUCUUCCUGGCCCUGCCACCUUCCAGUGAGAUAUUAUACUACACUCAUUACAUCACACACACCCCAAAAUCCCCACCGUGUCUCUCCAACCUCAGUUGCUCCCCUGCUCUGAGCCCCCCAGCUGGGCAGUCAGCUGGACCAAACACCUGGGUUCCUCCCUUUGUCCUUCUGCCCCAUUGUCCACAUGCAACCUGGGAGAAGCCACCUGCCAUGGAGACGAGCAGAAAACCCAUUCGCCUAGGAGCCGAGGAGUGGGCUCUCCCUCGGGACUAGCCACCUCAGCACCGGGGCCCUCCCACCAGGGUGAUGUGAAGAGACAGCCUGAGCACUGCCCCAAAGGACAAAUUGGGGCCACGGGGCUGAGCCUGUCCCGUUUGCCCCACCCACCCUGUGUGAUAACCAGAGCAAGACUCCUGCUGAGAGGCUCAGUGAUACCACACAAGAACCCAAAUCAAGGAGAGAAGAAGCAGGCAGCUCCCUGCGGCAGGGAGAGACAAAACAGGCUGCUCCGUGCAGCAAAGGGCUUCACUCACCCCCUUGCUCUAGGCUGGCUACCCCACUGACUCUCCACACUGACAGACUGCCCCCAAAAGGCCCUGUCUCCACUGCACCCUGCAGCCGGCUCAGCUCUGUGUGAGUCCGGGGGUGGAAGCUGCAGUAACUUACAGCAUUAAAAGCUACGCUGGCCGGGCACAGCCACCUCCUCCUCCAGCCACAGCUCCGGUUCCCGGGCAGCUGCUGGCACCAUGCAGAACGCCCUGGGGCCCGCCUGCAUCUUCCUGCGCAAGGGCAUCGCCGAGAAGCAUGGGCACCGGGAGCUGGGAGCCGAUGAAAUCGAAGAGCUACGCGAGGCCUUCGCGGAGUUCGACAGGGACAAGGACGGGCUGAUCGGCUGCAAGGACCUGGGCCAGCUGAUGCGCACCAUGGGCUACAUGCCCACCGAGAUGGAGCUCCUGCAGCUCUCGCAGCAGAUCAACAUGAACUUGGGGGGCCGGGUGGAUUUCGAAGACUUCGUGGAGCUGAUGACACCCAAGCUGCUGGCCGAGACGGCCGGGAUGAUCGGGCUGCAGGAGAUGAGGGACGCCUUCAAGGAGUUUGACGCCAACGGGGACGGGGCGAUCACGCUGGACGAGCUGCAGCUGGCCAUGCAGCGCCUCAUGGGUGAGCGACUCACCCCCCGCGAGAUCAGCGACGUGGUCAAGGAGGCCGACAUCAACGGGGAUGGGACCGUCGACUUCGAGGAGUUUGUGAAGAUGAUGUCACGCUGAGAGGGGCUGAGCCCCGCCCCCCCGGGAUCAAAGACUGACCUUGGACAGGGGGUUGAGCCCAACACUGUCAAGACACCACGAUUGACCCCCAAAUUGCAGCCUCCAGCUCCCCUCACCUCCCUGCCAGCUACCCCAAGAGCCCCCAGUGCCUUCCCCGGCCUCCUCGCCCCCAGACCCCUCCCACAGCCUCUCCCACACCAUGUCCCCCAGACCUCCAGCC